AUGGUUAGCCUCAUUUCACUAUGUGGAGAAGUAGGUGCUCUUGAUCUGGGCAAAUGGGUUCAUUCUUACAUAAAUCAGCAGCGGAUAGAAGUUGAUGUGGUACUAAGAACAGCUCUAGUGGACAUGUACGCAAAAUGUGGGGAGAUAGAUGUGGUUCUCAGGCUGUCUAGCGAAGCCAGAAAUCGAGACAGUCAGAUGUGGAAUGUCAUGAUCACUGGACUCGCUAUGCAUGGUUGUGGUAAACAAGCUUUAGAGCUCUUUGAAGAAAUGCAGAGACCAGAUUUUCGGAGAAAAUGUUACCUGAAUUUGGCUUGGCUCCUAAGGUUGAGCACUAUGGAUGCAUGGUGGAUGCUAGGCCGAGCUGGGAAGCUCGAUGAGGCUCAUGAAUUGAUCAAGGGCAUAUGCCCCUGGAGCCUAACACAACGGUUUGGGGUUCCCUACUUGCUGCUUGCAAAACUCCAUAAAACAGAUGGAUUGAUGUUGCCUGGGGUCAGAAAAGCUAUGAAAGACAAAGGAAACAACAAAGAACCAGGUCUCAGCUAA